AUGGUUUCUUGGCACAUUCGUGGUGAAAUGGAUGAAAUCGACGUUGAUCAAAGUUAUGCUGGACAUCCGACAAUGUUUUCAAUAAGAAUGCACCAUGGAGGUGAGUUUACAAGCUUUCCUGGAAGGAAGUAUAUUCGUGGGAAGAAAACAUUUGUUGAUUUACUGGACAUUGAUACCUUUUCCGUUCAUGACAUUGAUGAGAUGAUGGAAGACCUAGGGUAUGCUUCAAUAGGUAAACCACUUUACUAUCACUUUCAAAGGCCUUUAGGCGAUUUAGAUUUUGGGUUAUUCGCUUUAGCUAGUGAUGAAGAUGUUCGUUAUUUGGGGAGUUUUGUGGCUAAGCAUAAGUUAAUUGAGGUAUAUAUAGAGCAUGACAAAACUACUCUGCACACCUAUUUAAUGUCCCCAACCCACAGUAAAGUUCGUAUAACGGAGAUUACUGAACCUCCAUCUUGUUCAAAGACACUGUUCCUGGAGUGGCAUAGCACACCUGCUGUUGACUUGGAGGAUGACAUGGAUCACAUGGAGAAAGAAUCGGGUAAUGAUCCUACACCCACUGGUCAUCUGGAGAAGGAUUUGGGUAAUGAUGCUACUGUCACUGAUCAUAUGGAGAAUGAUUUGGGUAAUGAUGCUACUCUCACUGAUCAUAUGGAGAAUGACUUGGUUAAUGAUGCUAAUGACUUUGGUAAGUUUGGUGAGUUAGAGAGUGACAAUGAUGAAAGUGAUGAUAGUGAUUUUUUUGUGGACAUUGAAAAUAUAUUGGAUGAUAUUAAUGUGGAUAUGCAAGAUUUUGAAAUGAAUAUCGACAAAGAUGUGGAAUGGGUUGGAGGGUCGUCUAACACUGUGGUUGAUGAAGGCACACAGGAUGAAGCUUUAGAGGUGAUUAACACUGACUUUUUAGCAUCUGAUUCAUCAUCAGAUGAGGGGAUUAAUGGUCAAAGAAAGAAAUCAAUAAGAGCAAUUCAAAGGGCACAUGAGAAUGAUGAAGCACUUGUUAGUGAACCCUUCUAUAUUUUUCAAAAAUUUGGUUCAGCAAAGGAGUUUAAGGAUAAGGUAAAACUCCAUGCCAUAGAGACUAGAAGGGAGCUGGCUCUUGAAAAAAAUGACAAGAAUAGAGUGAGAUGGGUUUGUAAGGGAACAAUACCAAAGCUUGGGCCUAAUGUAGAAGUCAACGAUGAAGAAGAAAUAUGUCCUUGGGUCUUAUUAGCUAGUAAAUGGAAAAAAGAUGUCAACUGGACAGUUAAAACGUACAACAAAGUCCAUAAAUGUCUUCAAACUAGAACAGUAAAAGCAUGGCUUUGCAAGAACAGCUACAACGGAGGUUUAAGGUAG